AUGUUUGACAAUGAUUCCACUGCAAAUGAGUUUGACCCAUUAUGCGCUCAGUAUGAAACGUACACUAUCGCACGAUUCGUCUUCAUCACACUGGCAACGGUGAUCGCAUGCCUUGGCACAGCAGCAAAUCUCUUACUUAUACAUAUAUUUUCUUUUAAGAAGGCGGCAUCAACGCCAGCAACGUUGUAUCCGACGAUUUUGGCCUUUCUCGAUUUCGCCAUUUGCCUCGAAUAUUUACUGCUGUUCGGUGUCGAUGCAGUCGUCAGCUUUGUAAAGGUUGAG